UUCACGGUGGUGGCAAAAUGUUUCUGUAACGGCACCCACCAGGCGAAGCUAAUUUGUCCAACUCGAGGAAAAGGAAGCAACGCGGCGUUUGGAAACGAUAAAAUACACUUCCCAGCCUCGUUCCGUUCCGUUCGGCAUCCCACAUUCUCCGUGUUUUUUCGCCCCGACGGCCAGUGUGCGUGCGUGCGUUGUGCGUGUUCGCACUGAUCCUGUGACGCGAACGGCACCUUAAUUUAGCGGAUUAUUCCUUGAGAGGCUUAAACAGUGCCACAAAGGCUCGGCGAAAAGCAGACGCCGGCAACGAGCGACCAAACAUGAACCGUUCCACGAAGAGCACACUCCGUAAGACGGCCGGCUACUCGAGCCUGAUAACGUUCGCAGUUCUGUUGCUCGCCUGGCUGUGCGGCUUCUCCAGCCGGUUAUUUGCCGUCAUUCGCUUCGAGAGCAUUAUCCAUGAGUUUGAUCCUUGGUUCAAUUAUCGCGCCACGGCCCACAUGGUCGAGCAUGGGUUCUACAAGUUUCUCAAUUGGUUCGACGAGUCGGCCUGGUACCCGCUCGGUCGUAUCGUCGGUGGAACCGUCUACCCGGGGCUGAUGAUCACUUCCGGUGGCAUACACUGGCUGCUGCACGCCCUCAACAUUCCGGUCCACAUCCGCGAUAUCUGCGUGUUUCUGGCACCAAUCUUCAGCGGUCUGACCGCCAUCUCGACGUACCUGCUCACGAAGGAACUGUGGUCGGCCGGAGCGGGUCUGUUCGCUGCCAGCUUCAUCGCGAUCGUGCCCGGUUACAUUAGUCGCUCGGUCGCGGGCUCGUACGAUAACGAGGGAAUAGCGAUCUUCGCCCUCCAAUUCACCUACUACUUGUGGGUAAAGUCGGUGAAGACGGGAAGCGUCUACUGGGCCGCCUGUGCUGCCCUUUCCUACUUCUACAUGGUGUCGGCCUGGGGUGGCUACGUGUUCAUCAUCAAUCUCAUUCCGCUGCACGUGUUCGUGCUGCUGAUUAUGGGCCGCUAUUCGCCACGCCUUUUCACCUCGUACACAACGUUCUACAUCCUUGGGCUGAUCCUGUCGAUGCAGAUCCCGUUCGUUGGCUUCCAGCCGAUCCGCACCAGCGAGCAUAUGGCUGCGUCGGGCGUUUUCCUGCUUCUGUUCGCUGUGGCCGUUCUGCGCCACGUGCAGACGGUGCUGUCGAAGCAGGAGUUUAAGCGCCUUUUCCUGAUCGGCGGUUUGCUGGCGGCUGGUGUCGUGUUUGCGGGCGUCGUUCUGCUGACGAUGCUCGGCGUAAUCGCGCCGUGGAGCGGUCGGUUCUACUCGCUGUGGGAUACGGGUUACGCGAAGAUUCACAUUCCCAUCAUUGCGUCAGUUUCGGAGCACCAGCCGACGACGUGGUUUUCGUUCUUUUUCGAUCUGCACAUCCUGGUGUGCACGUUCCCCGUCGGCCUUUGGUACUGCAUCAAGAAGAUCAACGAUGAGCGGGUGUUCGUCGUGCUGUACGCUAUCAGCGCGGUGUACUUUGCUGGCGUUAUGGUGCGGCUGAUGCUUACCCUCACGCCCGUCGUGUGCAUUCUUGCGGGUGUAGCAUUCUCCGGAUUGCUGGAGGUGUUCCUCAAGGAAGAUAAUGCGCCUGGCGUGAAGGAUGGCGGUGCCGGUGGGGCGGACGGCGAACCGGAGCAGGACGGUGCGGUGGAGAAAAAGCAAAUGUACGAUAAAGCGGGCAAGAUGAAGCACCGACCAAAGCACGACCUUUCUUCGCACGGUACACACAGCGAACAAAACACAGGGCUGAGCUCAAACGUUAAAAACAUGGUAAUUGUGGCCAUUCUGAUGCUCCUGAUGAUGUUUGCAGUCCACUGCACUUGGGUUACCUCGAACGCGUACAGUAGCCCCUCGAUUGUGUUGGCUUUCUACAACAGUAACGAUGGCACGCGAAAUAUUCUGGACGACUUCCGCGAAGCGUACUAUUGGCUGUGGCAGAAUACGGCACCGGAUGCCCGUGUCAUGUCCUGGUGGGACUAUGGCUAUCAGAUAGCGGGUAUGGCGAAUCGAACAACGCUCGUGGACAACAAUACUUGGAACAAUAGUCACAUCGCGCUGGUCGGUAAGGCAAUGUCAUCGCCGGAGGACAAAGCGUACGAAAUCAUGACCUCGCUCGACGUGGACUACGUGCUGGUGAUUUUCGGUGGUGUGAUCGGCUAUUCGGGCGAUGAUAUUAACAAGUUCCUGUGGAUGGUGCGAAUCGCUGAAGGUGAACAUCCCAAGGACAUACGCGAGAGCGAUUACUUCACAGAUCGCGGUGAGUUCCGUAUUGAUUCGGAGGGCGCCCCGGCUCUGCUAAACUGCCUGAUGUACAAAUUGAGUUACUACAAAUUUGGUGAGCUAAAACUGGACUACAGAGGCCCAGCCGGAUAUGAUCGCACCCGGAAUGCGGUGAUCGGUAACAAAGAUUUCGACCUAACGUACCUCGAAGAAGCGUACACUAGCGAGCACUGGCUGGUGCGCAUCUAUCGGGUGAAGAAACCGCACGAGUUUAACAGACCCGCCCUGAAGCCGGAUGAACGCGUCCUACCGGCCGGCGAGUUUGUUUCGCGCAAAACGACCAAACGAAGGAAAGGCAUGAUCAAGAACCGUCCGGUGGUGGUAAAGGGCAAACGUAAUAAGUAAAUCGUCCGCCGUAGCUCGGGACAGUGAAGGCCGAAGAUAAAUGCUUCCUCUUUGCCGAGUUAGCACCGUCGGGAGCGUUGGAUUGUGUGUUUGCGGAAGCGUUUUUUUAGGUUGGCUUCCGAACAAAUUGUGAGAAGAAAGGCUAAAAUCUCAUCGAUCGAUCGGUGGGAACGCUAAACGCUGUAAGCAAAUGGAAUUAUGUUUAUUUUUUCUCCUCAUUUAAGCGCAUUUGCUACUCGCACAAGCGUGUAGCAGUAGUUGAAGGUAGUCGUAAAGCAGCAAAUACGAAAGAAACAAAGUGCUGCUGGGCAAAGGAAAACCUAAACUAACGUUAUGACCGCGUCACUAGAAUAUGGAUGGCAUUUUGCAUCUCGGCCAUUUCGUCAUCUUCUUUACAUUUUGUGACGAGUGAAUGAGGUUAAGUCCUGUUUUCUAUUCCAAUUGGCGGCACGGAACGGCGUUUGGUCGUUCAAAGAGUGUAUGCACUGGUUAGAUGUAGAUUUCUUUUCCUCCUCUCACAGGCACCUAUCUCGUCUUCACGGUCUUGUGUGUGUGUUUCGUUUCCUUUUUGUGGAAAAGUAUAAAAUGUUACGUGGCCUGUUGCAAUGCAAAACAAAGAACAAGUUACAGACCGCUUCUUUCCCAUUCUAAGUUCGAACUGUUUACGAAGCAAAAUCAUCGGAGCUUUGUUUGAUUUCGUGUCACCUGCCAAUUAGAACGAACGUUACCAUGGAGACGUGAUCCGAUGCGUUGUGUAAUGUGGAAUCGGAUAGAGCAGGCCAAAACCGUUCGAUCGUGCGCAAACUAUGACAAAUGUAUUUGCUCAUCAGAAAACCGAGGCAUCGGCAACAGAGCGCGACUAAUGGGGAAAAAGUAGGAAAAAGCGAUAAAUAGGCUCCAACCGCCAAACACAACUGAACAAAACUUAAGACAAAAAUAAAAACACUGA